CAGAACUGGAUCUGUCUUGGAGCUGACUGGCAUUGGCCCUGUCAGACAUAGGAGAAGCUUCCAGCAGCUUCUCACAGAAGCCACCCCUGUAAUCCCCUGCUACCAAAACCACACAAACCCAAAACAUCAAGACACAGCUGAAACACAGGAGUCAAGGCAAUCCCAAGGUGUUCACAGAUCCAAAGCAAAGCUAUUUGGUGCCAAACAUGGGAGACAAGCACCAGAUAUUCUCAGCCAGCUCUAAUCCUGGCUUGGCCAGACUCAGAUGACAGUGUUGGUCCCUUGUUCUUGAGUGUCACAUAGCUAUAACAAUAACAAAGCACUAUGAUCACUGACAAUCCAUAGUCCAGGCAGUCUCCACAUGGCAGCAGAGAUGGACUUUCCAAUAGGACCAUGAACGACAAGGUUUAUCAAGUGCUAUUGAAAGGUUAUGUGACAUUCAACCAUAUGCAUCUGCCCAAAGACUUUUCAAACACAUUCUAAAUACUACAGUUCUCAGAACUGUAGCAGCCUGAACACUAAAACAGAUCUAUAAAAUAUACAAGGUUGUUGUCCAAAACUUCAUUGCCACUGUGACCUUCUUGGGUGUUUUAUUUAAGCCUUGUAAAAUUCAUUCUCAGUAGCAGUUUAGAUGUUAAGAAGUCAGAAAGCUACAGUCACUUCUUUCUCCUUUGCUUUGCCUAAACUGGUCCCCAGCUACAGCUAUUUAUCCUGUUAUCCUGAUGGCAGGUGGAUAACCUUAGUGUCAUUCUGGUGAACAAACAAAGUUUAUUUAGCUAAACUCAGAAGUUUAUUUGCAGUAUAAACAGGGUAUGAUGAGAACCGACCAACCCCAGCAAACCACUCAUUCUAUUUACUUAAUUAUUGCUCCUGAAAAACAGAAGAGGUGACUAAAAUCCUGCCAGGCAUUCCUUUUCCAUUUGGUUUCUUAAAGAGCCUUCUAAUUCAGGGGGCCUUUUUCAUCUAAUUAUGAAGGCCUUCAUUGUACUAGCACUCUGCUGUAGUUUCUUCUCUAGCAAAGCCAUUCCUCUUGGAUUUGAGUUUUCGGACUGUGAUGACCCUGACGUCUUUAAAGCUGUUGAUUUGGCACUGAAGAAAUACAAUGGAGAAACAGCAACUGGUAACCAAUUCGCUCUGUACGUGGUGAUGGAAGCCAAGAGAACUGCAGGUCCUGACCCACAGUUCUAUCUAAAAUACCGAAUACUUGAAAGCACUUGCACCGCUGAUGAAAACAAACACUGGCAACACUGUCAUUACAAAGUAUCUGCAGAUGCUAAAACAGGAGAAUGCACAGCUCGAGUUCAUAUGAAUGAUGCUGAUAAAACAACUAAUGUUUCACAAGACUGCAAAAUUUUCUCAGAUGUGUCAAAGAUAAGACUUACUAAGGCUCCAUGUCUUGGAUGCUUUCACAGUAUAUCAAGUGACAGUUCAGAAGUGUCAGAAAUUCUGAAAAGAGCCAUUCGAAGCUUUAACAAGCACAGUAAAGAACCUGCCCUUUUUAAGCUUGUGGAAAUAAAAGAAGCUAAGAGACAGGUGGUAGCUGGAUGGAAUUACAUAAUUAGGUAUGAACUAGAGGAGACUAAUUGCUCCAAAGACCAAUUUCAAGAUUUAACUCCAGAAUGCAAAAUCACUUCUGGAGGUCGUGUAGCUAAAUGUGAGACCAAAGCAUUCCAGAAUCUUCACGCAGAGAUUGUGGAUAGCAAAAGUGACUGCAAGUUUCCAGGUGAAGUUGCUGAGAUUUGUGCGGGUUGUCCAGUGACUAUCCCAGCUGACAGUCCAGAUCUGAAGGAACCACUGAAGGUUUCUAUUGAGAAGUAUAAUUCGGAGAGCGAUGAUGACUUCUACUAUAAAGCUGGAGAAAUACAAUCGGCGACAAGUCAGGUCGUUGCAGGAAUAAUAUAUCGAAUAAAAUUUACAAUCUGGAAGACAAACUGCUCUAAGAGUGAGUUCAAAAAACUUACUGAAGACUGUACAGCCACAUCAAGCAGUGCAUCACUGUCAUGCGAUGCACAAAUUUAUAUGGCUCCGUGGCAGGAUAUAAUCGAUCCCAAGGUGAACUGCACUGAAGUGCAGCAAACGGUGUUCUUUGCAAGAAGGCCUCCUGGAUUCACACCUUUCCGGAGCACAAUGACGAUGCUAAACCCGCCACCUGCAGUUUCAUCUGCUUCUGAAAACGAAGGAGAAAGGCAAAGCCCCAGCACAGAACCAGUGAAAGACGAUGGACAGGAACCACAAGGUGAAGAUCCCUCAGAAUCUCCUCGCCCCAGAUGUCCUGGAAAACCAUGGAAACAACUUGUGGGCUUUUCAGCCCCUCCUAGCUUUCCCAGAGAAUUCACAAAUGAGGAUCUUUUGCCUUCUGCAGCAGAAAACAUUGAUCCAGCUACAGAAAAACAGGAAGAAUUUGAUCUCACAGAUGCUUUACAAUAAUUCAAGCAUUGUAGGAUCCUUUUCAAAAUGUUACAUAGAAAAUAACAAUACUGCCUUUUGAAAUUUAUAAAAACAUGAAGAGGCAAAAGCUCGUGUUCUGUUAACUGAAAUACUCAAGUAGGUCACCAGCACUUCUGGGGACCUAAGACCAUAUGGUAAUACUGUGUAUUUGCAUACAUUUGCAAAUAUGUAAAUCAGUGUAACUCAUCUGCCUCAAUUUUCAAUAAAGACAAACUGAAUCACUGCAUCAAAUAUUACUGUACUAUGUUUAAAACAAUGGCAGAAAUAAUUUUGCAGAUUACAUGAAGAAUCUCAACCAAAUAUGGGUAAAACAGAAGACAAUAUAGAACAAGGGAGCCUCUCUUAGAUAUGUGAAAUAAUUUUUCUCUAAUUUACCG